CUCGGGUCACCGCUUGCUCUGGUUCCCAGGCUUUGGCUCCAGUGGACGGGAAUCACGGAGCCUGCGGAGCUGGACGCUGACCGCCAGGGCCAGCACCUAGACGGGCGCGGAACUGUGCCGGCCAGGGUUCGCGCGGCCGGAGGCAGGCUCGAGCGGGGACCCCGGAGCGUGAACCCCGGAGCCGGCGGCGCUGGGGCCAGAGGGACCGGGAGGGAGGUGGCGGAGGUGGCGGAGGCGAAGGGGCGGCGGGACCCGGGCCUGGCCUGUGUGUGUCCUUGGCGGCCGCCCAGGCCGCCGCUGUAUGCUGAGCCCCAGGGAGGCGGAUCUGGGCCGCGGGAAGGACACCCGCCUGGAUUUGCCCCUAGACCCGGCCCGGGCCCCUCAGGUGCACAACAGCCUUGGUGAGGUGGAGAGGAGGGGACCUCGAGAGCAGACGCGCGACAGCAGGCCCGCCCCGGACUCUCGGGAGCCGUGGGGCAGAGGCUGCCGAGCUCCAGGAGGGUCUACCAGCCACAGUCUCUGCACGUUUCCAAGAGCAGCAGAAAAUGAACACAUUGCAGUUCUCAGCGUUUUAGUUUUGUCCUUUUCACGUUGCUGAGUCAGCCAGUAAACAUUACUGGUGAUUUAAUUGCAGUCAAAUCCAGCGGGCAUUUCCUAGCCCUGCCUCACAGGACCUUUUGUCUGCCUUUGACAUCUGUUACUUCCAAACUGAUAUUUUCUCCAUGGAGUCUCUCUUUUCUUGGCUUUUGAAGAGAUUCAUCUCAUCUUAGGUUUCAUUUCACAAUGCGCGCCUGGAGUUGGAAGGAGUUCAACAGACGGACAGUUUUUGUUUAUCAGCCAGCGGCCUUAUGACCCAGCAAAGAAGUCUACCGCAGAUGGCCCCCAACUUAAGAUGUUUCAACUGAAGAUUUUUCUGGCUGGGCACAGUGGCUCAUGUCUGCCAUCCCAUCACUUUGGGAGGCCGAGGUCUCCAGACUUGUGAACGAGGUCUACCACAUGUAUAAUCGACAUCAGUAUCCAUUUGUUGUUCUUAACAUUUCUGUUGAUUCAGGUAACUUAGUAAAAAUGCAUGCAGCGGAUUUGGAGAAGCCCCUGGUAGAAAAGCAGGAUCAUUCCCCUUCAUUAAGGACUCGAGAAGAAAAAAGGGACGUGUCCAUUUCCAGACUGCGAGAGGCCUUUUCUCUUCGUCACACAACACAGAACAAGCCUCACAGCCCGAAGACUCCAGAAGCAAGAAGGAGCCCUCUAGGACAGAAAAGGGGUGUGCCAUCUUCUAGCACUUCAGAUGCGGUCUCUGACAGAGGCUUCCUGAGACCUCAGAAAGAGGCAGCGAGUUCCAGUCAGGGACCCAGGGACCCUACGGACGGAGCGGAGGUGAAGGAUUUGGGGCAUGGCAGCACUUCCGUGGAUUCUGAGGGGUUCAGCAUCCCAGACACGGGCAGCCACUGCAGCAGCGAGUGUGCGGCCAGCUCCCCAGAGGACAGGGGCUCGCAGGAACAUGCGGACUCACAUGAGAAAGCGCCUGAAACGGAUGACUCUUUUUCAGAUGUGGACUGCCAUCCAAACCAGGUAGACACAGGGUGUGAAUUUCGAGUUUCGCUUCAGCCAACUGAUCUCGCAUCCCCAAACACAAAGCGUUUCAAAAAAGAAGAAAUUCUUUCCAAUUCUGACAUUCGUCAGAAGUUAGUAAAUACUCAGAAUGUGUCAGCCUCUCAGGUUGAUGUAGCCAUUAAAAUUAAUAAGAAGGGACCAGGUGCGGUGGCUUAAGCCUGUAAAUCCCAGCACUUUGGGAGGUCAAGGCGGGUGGAUCACGAGGUCAGGAGAUCGAGACCAUCCUGGCUAACAUGGUGA